GUGCGGGCGGAGCCCGGCUACGAGGCGCUGGCCGGCUUCCUGGUCAGCGAUCUGCAGGGCGGGCUCGGCGGGAUCGAGCGGCUGCUGGCCCAGCUCGAGCGGGUCGAGCGCGGCGAGGUCGGCGCGAUCGAGCGCAGCGGCAACGCCUAUCUGCUGCGUCUGCGCCGCCGGCUGGUCUCGCUGCAUCCGCUGCACGACGACCGCGCGACCGAUUGCCGGCUCGACCCGCCGCUGCUGCGCCGCGUGCUCGCGGCCUGGCGCGCCGCCCUGGAGGGGUGCGAAGACGGGGAGGAGACGUCAGGCAUGGCCAGCUUCGAGGAGGUGUAUCGCCGGUCCUUGGAGGACCCCGAGGGCUUCUGGGCCGAGGCGGCCGAGGCGGUGCAUUGGUACGAGCGCUGGGACAAGGCCGGGCGGGCCGAGGAGACCGCGCUGAUCUACGACUCGCCGGUCACCGACACGGUGCGGCACUACAGUUUCCGCCAGCUCCGCGACGAGACGGCCAAGCUGGCCGGCGCCCUGGCGGCGCGCGGCGUGCGCAAGGGCGACCGGGUCAUCAUCUACAUGCCGAUGGUGCCCGAGGCGAUCAUGGCCAUGCUGGCCUGCGCCCGGCUCGGCGCCAUCCAUUCGGUGGUCUUCGGCGGCUUCGCGGCCAACGAGCUGGCCACCCGCAUCGACGACUGCGCGCCGAAGCUGAUUCUCUCCGCCUCCUGCGGCAUCGAGGGGCAGAGGGUCGUGCCCUACAAGCCGCUGCUCGACGCCGCGAUCAUGAUGGCGGUGCACAAGCCCGAGCGCUGCCUCGUGCUGCAGCGCCCGCAGGAGCGCUGCGAGCUGAUGGCCGGGCGCGACGAGGACUGGGGCGAGGUCAUGGCGGCGGCCGAGCCGCACGACUGC